AUGUCGCUGUCAACGCAUAGGAUAAGGCGGAGCGAACAGCGCGGAAGAGAGAAAGCUAGGCUUGAACCUAUUGGAGAGGCUUUGAACAAGAGUCAAUGGACUGUUGGUGAUUACGAUACAUCGCCUGCCCUUUCCGAGGACGAAGUCGGAGAUCUAGAACUACAAACGCGAAUCAAUAGCUCACGAGUCCCAGCGAGAGAGUCGAGGCUUGCAAUAAUGUCUCCGAUUGUUAUUGCAAGCUUCACGAAAGAGCUUCUGGAACAUCCCCAGGUGAUUGAAUGGGCCAAUGAGGCAGCAACCAAUACACCCGCAGAUGUCCUCAAGGCCCAGUUAUCUAAUUUGUUGGAAGAUUAUUAUAGGAAAUUGGUACCAUUCGCUGCCGAGUUUCUGGGAGACGGGACGCCAGACUUGGAUCCUGGUGAUAUCAUACGACGAGGGAGACUGACAAUCGUUAGAUACUUUAGAGAAGGGGCCAAAGAAUCUGGCACAGUUGUAGAUCACGGUUUCUUGGAUGAUGCAAGAACCUCAACUCGGCACGAUCUUUCUUGGAAAUCUUUGAGUAAUUGGGGAUUCCCUGCCCACAGCAUCGACAGCACCUGUGAUGAAGUCCCUAGCCACGGAAAUUCUAGCAACAUAGAGAUACUCAUAUACUACUCGGAAGUCAGAACACAUCUCAUCGAAUCGCAACCCUUUGAACAUCUGGUCGCGCAAUUUCGAAAUUGGUACCUGACACAGAUCGAUCAGCAUCCAAUGCCAUUAGUAAUUUCUUCUGAAGGGAUUCCGACUGAUAAGCCAGAUUCGCCUAAAUCUUUGGUUUCCCUGAAAAUGCACUGGGACCUACGGUCAUUCCUGGAAACUCAAUAUGGCCCUAAUAGUCAUGUAAAGCUUGAGUCAGUGAUAACGAUCAGUGGGUCGGCAAUUUGUUGUCAAGCACUUACAGUCGCGGAUUAUCUUAAACAAAAGUGGCCAGGAUAUGGGGUCACUGUCUUAGAAGCUCUCCAAUCAGCUCUAGAUAGUCCUGAAAGCCGUGCUGAAGUAUCAGAUGGAAGUCCUAAACCAGCGAAUAAAAGUGGAGACAACCGAAUUCCAACUGACAUGAAGGUGGUUGAAGUCAAAGUGCAAGGCUCGUCCGACGAUAUCGUAUUGAUGAAACAAAUAUUUUCCUGGGUUGGAGCUGCGAUACGGACUUCAAAAUCUUCACAGGCGGAGUACUCUGAGUGUGUAUCUUCUCCUGACGGCGAGGAUCAAUUUUUCAUGGAUUUCGUUCAAACGCCAACACCAGAAGCAGAGACAACUUGUUGGUUACCUUUGUUCAAAAAUGCUGUGAUUGCGACAGGCUUUCCUACCGCCGCUCGUACCAAUCAUGAAAUUGGUGUGGAAAUCCCACUGGAGAUGAUGGCUGUUCUAAUUGGAGCUGAGCGGGCCGUAGAGCAUGACGGCGGUAUCCUCAUUAAAGGUUUUUCGAGUGUGCUUGUGCCCGUCGCCCGGAAAAACGAUUCAGUCCAGUGGCACUUGCUUGAGAAUUCAGACGGAACACGUUUGAAAUACAGCGAUAUACGAGAGAGGUGUCAAGACAGAUUAUCUAUAGAUGAGCUGAGUCAAGAGUCGCUUCGUGAGAUGAGAGUUUUUCUAGGGUGGUUGAGGCACGCGAAAUCUUUCUUCGGGACACCAGAGGUUGCAUAUAAGAACAUUACCGCAUCCAAAGCCGACAAAGCUUCAAAAACCCUCAGUUUGACAGAUAUUACAGUUGGAUUCUCGAAAUUGGGUUCUGCAAGCACAAAAUUUGCUCUGGGGGCAAGAGAAGUUCGCUACAUUUCUCGGGCCAACCGCCUAGAGAGGUUGCUUGACGCAGCGGAAGAGAUGGAUAUAUGUCUCUAUGAUUUCGAUUUCCAAAGAUCAUGGAUGGCGUCUGGAACUGAAGUACUUUUGCACCUCAUUCAUACUAAACAUACAGUAAAGCCUUUUUGCAUUGCGGGACAGGAAAUAACCCUGGAAUUUGCAAGUCCGGCAGAAAACGGGCCUGAUGCUUGCAGAGCUGCUAUAAUGAGCAUGGCUUCGCUUUCCUUGUACAGCAGCACGUCAGUGUCUGUGACAAGUUAUUGCGUUCAAGAUCUCGUAAAUGAUCUAUGGCUGCGUUUGGAAAAGCUCGAAGAGCCUGGUGACCAACCCGGAAUACCAAUAAGCAUGAAAUUCAGCACAAAGCUAGCAGGCUACGAAAUUAUGGACAUCGUUCUCGACAAAGGAGUUUUGAGACAAAAAGAGGUUUCUCUCAAAAACACAAGUGGAAAAUGGCUCGACAUUAUCAAAGCUUGCGAUGGCGUCGUUCUCUUCGGGAGUCAUUUUGGACAUCUCAUCAGACCCGCGUUGAGUAACAAAGGUCUCUGUCCUGACUGGACUAACUUGCCGGAUGGAAAAGACUAUAUGGCCACAACCGUUCAGAAGCUGCUUCGUUUCUUUGGGAAUGCCAAUGAAGUCGGUCAUCUGACUUCGGCCGGCUUGACCCUCCACAAAGUUUCCGUUCUGUUCGAAAGCUGCCGCAAUCAAUCGUCAUCGUGUUGUUGCCAACGUGUUCUUCAAGUCAUUCCAAAAUCACGAAUCUCGUUCAAGUCCGCCACUCCACCUGGAUCGUUGGGAUCUACAGGCUGCGUCAUCAUCGGAAGAGCUGCCCGUGUUCUAAGGUCACGAAAACUCACUUCUCGCAAUACAGCUUCUCGUUCGUUUGGGGCUGUCGACUAUAGCUGUGAAGAUAUGGUCAGUUCUCGUGAAGAGUCUCCGGAGAAUUGGACUUCGGAUACUUUGGAAGAUACAACGAUAACAGUGAAGAGGUUCUACCAGACACAGACGGAAGAUGAAUGUCAUACUUAUUCUGGUCAAGAAGUAGCAUUUCCGCACCCUCAGCUUCAACAGGAAGAGCUGGAUGAAUCUUAUGAGGAGAAUCUUGGAGCCUGCUUGGAAGGUGCGACAGCUCAGCUCUCAAUUAUGAAUUCGGGCUUGCCAGCGUCACAAAGUCUGCCAACGAAUGAGGAUAGGGAAAUAUCAAGUACAUAUGGUUACAACUGUGCUUCAACCAAUGAUCGAUCUGCUGCUAUUGACAAUAUGCACAUUGAUAGCAUUGAAGAGGAUGACAACCUAGAAAAAGAUCAGCUCUAUCGUCGUAGGGUAACCAUCAACACCUUUGGCAAGGUUACUCGUGCUCAAAGCCAGGAUUCACCUCGAAAACUUAGACAUGUGCAAAAGAAGUCACACUUGAGAGCACGAGAAAACAGACAAGUGAGCGCUAUAGACUGGGAAGAGGACAAUAUGGACACUUCUUGUAUUUCAAACUGA